AGUGGACGUCCCGAGUCGGCAUUUGCCAAGUUCGAGAGGAGCGCGUUCGCUUUAAUUCUGCGUGCGUAAUUGGAACAAAGCAAGUUGGUGCCAUUUGAUUUUGAGAAUAUCACAGAGGAAAUAUUAUUUGGGCUAUUUUUUUUAACUACGUCUCGACAUGGCUGUGACUGAAGCGGGAUGCGACCUGACGUACUGCAAAAUGAGGGGGAUUGUUGCUGUUCUCACCGCUUUCAUCAAGGAGAGAAAAAUGGGAUUGAAUGAUUUCAUCCAGAAGUUGGUGUCCACCCCUCAUAUCUGCCAACAUGUUGAGGUCAACAACUUCCUGAAGAUUGAUGAGAAUCAGAAUGAAGAGGUUGAACGUGAGCUUGCUGAAACAAGGGAGUUCCAAAUUUCACAAAGUUCACUCGCUGAGGACACUCAGAUCAAACCCUGCGAUUUCGACUACCUCAAGAUUAUCGGCAGAGGCAGCUUUGGAAAGGUUCUGCUUGCACGACACAAGGAGUCCACCAAAUAUUAUGCUGUCAAAGUGCUGCAGAAAAAGAUUAUCCUGAAGAAGAAAGAGCAAAAGCAUAUCAUGGCUGAACGUAGCGUUCUCAUGAAGAACAUCAAGCAUCCCUUCCUCGUGGGGCUGCAUUACUCCUUCCAGACUACCGACAAGCUUUACUUUGUACUUGACUACGUUAAUGGCGGAGAGCUCUUCUACCAUCUUCAGAGAGAAAGAGUCUUUUUGGAACCCCGGGCCAGAUUUUACACUGCAGAAAUUGCAAGUGCACUGGGCUACCUCCACUCACUGCAUAUUGUGUACAGGGACCUCAAGCCCGAGAACAUCCUGAUAGACACCCAAGGCCACAUUGUCCUCACGGACUUCGGUCUCUGCAAGGAAGGUCUUGAAGCCAACGGCACAACAACAACUUUCUGCGGGACGCCGGAGUAUUUGGCUCCGGAGGUUCUCCAGAAGCAGGCCUAUGACCGCACAGUUGACUGGUGGUGUUUGGGAUCUGUACUCUAUGAAAUGCUUUAUGGACUUCCUCCCUUCUACAGCCGCAACACAGCUGAGAUGUACAACAACAUCUUGCACAAGGCUCCUAUCCUCAAACCCAAUGUGUCCAACUCGGGAAGAGAGCUGCUCGAGGGGCUCCUGCAGAAGGAUCGUACCAAGAGGCUGGGGGUUAAGGAUGAUUUUCUUGAACUGAAGUUCCAUUCCUUCUUCUCACCUAUCAACUGGGACGACCUGAUGGCCAAGAAGAUCACGCCACCCUUUAUUCCCUCUGUGAGUGGCCCCACAGACCUGCGCCACUUUGACCCCGAGUUCACCCACCUGCCUGUGUCCUCCUCCCUGUGCAAUGACACCUUCAGCGUGAGCGGCAGUAUCAAAGAAGCAGCGGGGGCAUUCCCGGGAUUUUCCUACGGGCCUCCAGCAGACCAUUUCUUUUUGUGAAUGCCAGUAUCGUUCUGACACGACAAGCUCUGGAUUGAGAUUUGUUUCUGACAGCGGGACCUCGCGUGUCUACAAGGAACGUACUGAGGGUCAAACUCAUUUGACAUGACUCGUGUACUGGCCCAAAGCUUCUGCCUCUAGCAUCGAAAGCAAACUAAGUGUGCCAAGUACUGUUCCGCUACAGGACCACACAGCUCCUGAUGUGACGAUGAGAAGUGCCUGAUGUUUAAAAAGCAAUCGGGACGGCUCCUGCAAGAGUCAACUCCGAUUCCACUCGACUUUUGACAGGAGCACACAAGCCGUCCGAGGUGCUGCCUUCAUUCCACGAUUGCGUAAACUUUAUGUUGGAACUGAAAUCAUCAAAGUCCAUUAUGCAAUUUGAUUUCAUGUUAAUGCACAUGUAGAAACAUGGGUCAAGAAAAAUAUAUCUUUACUUUGGACCAAAUUUAACAAGAAUGAAAUAUUCUAUAGAUAAACAUUUUCAAAUUCUAUUUAUAUUUCCAUAAACACACACACACUUUGUAAAAUGUGUAACUUAACAUUUCCCAGUGUGUAAUGUGUAUCUAGAUAUUUAUCCAUAGAUUUAAUGAAAAUUAUAUUUAUUGAAUGACAAUAUAUAUUUGAUCUGGAAUAUGUGAUUCCACCAGCAAUAACCGGUCUCAACAAUAGAUAUAUCAAUCAAUGUUGGCAUAAACGCUCCAAACUAUAUUAAAGAUGUCUUUGUAUAUAUAUAUAUACUGUGUGCAUCACGUAGAGAGGAACUGUGAAUGUUUUGUGCCUGUCCAAGGCGGCCUGACCCACGUAUACUGUGUGUACAGAACAUAUCUUUUUUUCCAUUACCUGUUGUUCCCUGCAGUAGAGAUGUUGAUUUAUUUAAGUGCUUCAUUAACGAGGAACAAUAGGAUGGCGCAGACUUUGGCAUUAGCCACAAGCCUUCUGCUUAAUAGGGUUCUUAAGGUGCAAUAAAAUCCCAUUGGCUUUGAUGGAGGAUUUAUCGACGGAUCUUACAACAGAAUGGGAAUGUAUGAAGUUGGGUUAUGUUGUUGAAAAUGGUUGAUUUAUUGCCCGUGCAUAUUAGAUGCAUGUAAGAGGUGUAUUUUAAAGCCUGCUGAAAAAAAUACUGCACAGUUCCACAUCAUUUCUUCCAUAUCUGGAAGUUGUAAUUUUGUAUUUCAGUGUGUAUUUAUUUUUCCUGCUAUUGUUACCGUACGAGGAAAGUAAUUUACAUGAUCUACUUAAAUAUUGAAAUGUCAAAUUCCAAAUAAAAUCUCUUACCUGAACACCAA